CACUCAGCGUUCCUACCACCACUACCGUCACCGCCUCGGGCGACGCUCACCCCUUCUUCGUCGUCGUGGUCUGCAGCUGCAAUGCCUCCCCACAUGAUGCACUCCGAUGCCUUCGAUGUCAUACCGUUCGAUGACAUCAAAGGGGACUGGAAGAAGCUGGGCUCAGGGUCGUUCGGCAAUGUUUACAAAGGCAACUACCUUGGAAUCGAGGUCGCGAUCAAGGAGGUUCUGCCGUCCAACGACUACGACGUCGCGAAGUACUUUGAGCGUGAAUGGCGGCUAAUGAAGGAGGCGCGACACCCGAAUGUUGUCCUUUACCUCGGUCUUUCGCAAGCGCCCGAUGGCCGCAUCUUCAUCAUCUCGGAGUUCAUUGACAACGGUAACUUGCGGCUCUACAUUCACGACAAGUCCAAACCGUUCCCGUGGCGGCUCCGGAUAUCGUUUGCGACUGACAUCGCGCGUGCGUUGGCCUACCUCCACGCUCGCAAAUGCAUCCAUCGGGACCUCAAAGGCGAGAACCUGCUGGUCACUGCGAAUGGUCGCCUCAAGAUCACCGACUUCGGCUUCGCGCGCAUCGCCGCUCGCAAUGCGGAAGAGUCGAAGCGGCUUACGUUCUGCGGCACUGAUUCGUACAUGUCGCCGGAGAUCCUCACUGGUACGGAGUUCGACUUGCCGACGGACAUAUUCUCCUUAGGCGUCAUCUUCUGCGAGAUUGCUGCGCGACGUCUGGCAGAUGACAACACAUUCCGCCGGACGGCACCACUCUUCGAGAUUGACCCGGAUGAAGUGCGGCGCUUAGCCAGUCCGGGCUGCCCGCCUGCGUUCAUCCAGCUGGCGCUCGACUGUCUUGCACAAGAUACAAGCCUACGUCCGAACACCCGUACCAUCCUGGACAAGUUGCGGGAGAUCGAGACUGAGGUGCUUUCACGCCCCUCCGAAGCGGAUGAUAUGCAUUUGGGUACUGUCAAGUUCAUGACAGGAGGCCAACGGAGGCCGGGUGCAGCGCCCCGGAUACCUAGCUUUGGUAUGGGCGUCGGCAAAGACAUCCGCUCAUCGUCGACGUUGGAAGUGCAUUCGAGUGACGAGAGCGCGGAUAGCGACGAGGAGUAUGCGUUGACCAUUGAAAGGCUGAGUCACGUUGAUUUGAGCAGCGUCUGGAGCGAUGCGGGUCGAGGCGACAGUGGGCAACCAUUGCUCGAUGGUACGUCAAGCGUUCAUUCGGAGUACAGUACCACGGUCAUCAAGUCGCAUGCGCCGAGCAUCGAGUCCGCCGCGCCUUCGCUGUCGUCUAUCCUGACCAUCCGCGCAUCGCCAACCGCAGAUCCCGCACCUACUGGCGCGGAAAUGCCUACUCCUGGCGAAUCGUUGUUGUCAAUCGAGUCGUACUAUACCGCGUCCUCGUCGUCGAUCUCGGCUGCCGCCGCAACGGAAGGCGGUUCCACCAUCCGUAGUUCCAGUCUGCCUCUCGUCCACCGAUUCUCGCUGCUGAAACCCGGCGCGAAGCGUACGACUGCGGGAGAAGCUCGCAGCAGAAGCGGGUCCCCUCCCCCUGCGGAUGCACUAUGGAGCAGGAACCCGCUCGAGUUUAUCUUUUCGAGUACCCUGUUGGCCGCGAAGUGCGAUAUCUGCGGCAAGAGACUAGGAUGGAAGCCUGUGCUCGAAUGCGACGACUGCGGUCUACGUGCUCACAUCAAAUGUGGAGAGAACGCCCCGAUGGAUUGUGGGAUUCGUCCCCCUCGUCCCGGCGUGCAGAGCAAUGCCUCUCCUUCAACUCCGCCCUCCACCAAGCUCAAGACGAAUGGCAAGACCCCCUCGCCGAAGUGAUUUGCCCCUGCCUAGACGUUAUCUGCUAUGAUACCACGACCUUUCAUGACCUUUACGACUUGCAUCGCGACUGUUCACUACCAC